CGCAAGUGCUGGGCGGUGUGCUGGCAGAAUACUCGUGGGUUCCUUUGCUUGAAAACAAAAAGGUUCUCUUUUCGUAUUCUGAUGGCCGGAGACAUGAUCAGGUUCACAAUCGGCGUGGUCUGCGUGGUCGCCGUGCUUCUAUCAUUGGCGGAGCUAACCGAGGCCAACUAUAAAAAUGCACCAAUGAACGGAAUCAUGUUCGGAAAGAGGGGACCUUCAGCCGCUGAAUACGAUAACCGGGGCAAAACGUUCACGGCUCUCUGCGAAAUCGCAACUGAAGCUUGCCAAGCGUGGUUCCCGUCUCAAGAGAACAAGUGAACUUAGGCCGACUCACGGAUUAUGUCAACGAUCUGCAUUCUUGUUUCUUGAACGACGCGCAUUGAUAUAUUGCUUCGUUGUAAAACAAUAAAAUAAAAAUAAUUCUCAAUGACCGAGCGAUGUAUAGUAAAUACAGCGAUGUCUUCAUAGAUCAUAUACCUAUUUUAAUGUAU